ACUUGCCGAACUGUUAGACAAAACGAGAGUGAAAUCAGGGCACAAGAAAAGUGCCCAGUUUUUUAAGGGCUUCAGAAUUCUGCUCUUUUUUUUUUCAAAGUUGUAACCUUUAUCCAGCUUUACCAACGAAACAUAGUUCUUUAAGAUGGGUGAAAUUGUCAUUGCUAAUGUUGCUACCAGGUGGUGGAUUAGGGAUGAAUCCUUCCACGGAUGAUAUGAAUUUGAUUCAAGCACAAAGGCAUUUGGUUAGGGACAUUGGUGAUGAUAUUGAUUUGGAAAUUGGACCUGGAGAUGAUGACCCUUCAUUUGCCAACACUCCUCUCCUUGGUGGCCCAUCAUCACAAGAGCCCUCUGUGGAAGAGCAAGAUGAAAGUAAGCAGGUGACAAUGGUCUCUCAACUCCCAAAUUCUGAUUAAGAGGCACAACCUGCGAAAAGGAAGAAGAAGGUUGUAAAAAGAUGGAGAGAGGAAUGAGCUGAUACAUACAAGUGGGCAUAUGUUGACAUGAAGGAAGGAACAACAAGGAUAUUCUGCUCUGUUUGUAAAGAAUGUGGUAGAAAGCAUAGAAGGAAUCCGUAUGGCAAUGAAGGAACAUGCAGAUGAGUGCAUUGGAAGAGCAUAAUAAUAGUUUGCUUCACAAGGAGGCUCUUUGUCUCCAAAUAGGCUCAAAGGGUAAGAUCGUUGUUGAUAAACGCAUUUAUGUAAAAGUUGAAGCUCUUAUGUCCAAAACAACUGGAUCAAUUAUUGAAGCUGCACGAAAAAGGGACCCUCAUGAGGUUGAGUUCAUACAAUCUGUCCAAGAAACUGUUCAUGCUUUAGAGAGGGUGAUUGCAAAAAAAUCCCAUUACAUCAGCAUCAUGGAGCGCUUGUUAGAACUGGACCGAAUGAUUAUUUUUCGAGUUCCAUGGGUGGAUGAUAGAGGUGAAACACAUGUCAAUCGUGGCUUCAGGGUGCACUUUAACCAGGCAUUGGGUCCAUGUAUGGGUGGUAUUCGGUUUCAUCCAAAAAUGAACUUAAGUGUUGCCAAGUUUCUCGGUUUUGAACAGACAUUAAAGAAUGCUUUAUCACCUUACAAACUAGGAGGGGCAGCAGGUGGAAGUGAUUUUGAUCCCAAGGGAAAAGUGAUAAUGAGAUCAUGCGGUUUUGUCAAAGUUUCAUUAAUGAGAUAUAUCGUUAUUUUGGUACGGACAAGGACCUUCCAUAAGAGGAAAUGGGAUUUGCUAUUCGAGAAAUGGGAUACCUAUUUGGACAAUACAGACUUCUAGCUGGUAAUUUUCAGGGAAGUUUUACAGGGCCAAGGAUAUUUUGGUCAGGCUCUAGUCUUCGAACUGAAGCAACUGCUUAUGGGCUGGUUUUCUUUGCCCGACUCAUUCUUGCGGAGUUGAA